CAAAACAACAAUGGCCGUGAGGGAAGGCAUGUGAGGGAGACCGCUGCUGCUGUUGUCUGAAUUAUCCCCUCUGGCACUCUCCCUGGACGGUGCAGCGGCGCGAGGCGAGGCACAGGGCACAGCUAACCCAUAGACACACGUACAGACACUCAAAGGACUCCAGGAUGCCGAGCUCAAACCGGGACGUCCUUCAGGAGCUGCAGGAGAUUCUGAGGCAGUGGGAGGAGGACCAGGCCAUUGCUUCCAAGGACCCCACACCACAGUUGUCCAAACUGUGCGAGCUUUUCGAGAGGGAGACCAUUAACUUUCUGAAGAAGGACCCAGACCCCUUCGAUGACCGCCAUCCGAUGACCCUGGAGCCAGAAUGUGCGUUGGGCCUCAUUCUACGCGCUCUCUUCCGCAAGGACACAUUUGUCACUAAAUUGGUUAACCACUAUUUGAGAGAGAACUACUUCACCAGCCAGGGACUCAUGCAGGACUCCACUGAACUCAAUAUUGCCGCCUGCCGAUUGUUGCUGGAUAUCUUGUAUGGCUUGGAUAUCCCUCAGGUGUUUGAGGGGUCCGAGACAACAGUGAUGCGUCUAUUUUCCUGGGCUGAGAGUGGGCCAGAGCCUCUAAGGACAUAUGCCACAGGACUGCUGGCUGCUGCGAUGGAUGUGCCAGAGAUCGCAGCCUCCUUUAGAGAUUACAACACUCACUUGGUGCCUCUCAUGCUGCGGCGACUGUGGGACCUCAAAGAUGAAGGUGGAGGAAGUGAAACGGUGCAAGGAGUGGAUGGAGGAGGAGGGGGAGGUGGUGGUGGAGGAGGUGGAGAAGGAGGAGGUGGAGGAGGACAAGGGGAUGCGACCAGUGUACCAGAACGACCAUUUGCCCACUUAAAUAAGGAAUCCCUCUGCUCCCAAACGCGUUCCUCACACCCCACCACUAACGGGGAGGAGGCGACUCUCAGCCCUCCCUCUCCAAAGAAGGUCAAAGGCACCACCACCACCACCACUACCACCACCACCUCAAGCCCCACCACCACCACUAUCAACAACAACAACAACAAUACAGUAUCAUCAACCACCACCACCACUACCACCACCACCACCACCACCUUGUCAACGCCCAUCAAGAACACAAACUCCAGUGGAACUUUUAAUAUCUUUGGAUCGCCAAAGUCUUCGUCUAAAGGAACAGUAGGAGUUGGAGGAGAAGUGUCCGAGCUUCUUCUGAAUUCUGACUGCUCCAACUCCUCGUGGGCAGAGAUGGGGAGUUACAUAGUCGGGACGUAUCAAAUGUAUCCAGUAACACGCGACACACAGCAGAUGUUCAUUUUGAAGUACCUGCGGCCGAUUGGGGAGUAUCAAGAGUCCUUGGGUCACGUCUACGAGUACCAUGCCCUGGAGCUCAUCAUUCACUACAUGCAAGUCAGGAGGAUAGGGAACGCUCGGCUGUCCUUCGAGGGGCUCCGCUUCCUUGGGUCCUUGUUGUUCCAUAAGAAGUUUUGCCUGGAGUUUGUCAAUAUGGGAGGCAUUCAGGAGUUGCUGAAGGUGCCACGGCCGUCCCUGCCAGCGGAUGGCGUGGCGCUGUGUCUGUGGUAUCUGGCAUACUGUGAAGAGGCUGUGGAGCGCAUUUGCUUACUGCCAGAACGCACAGUGAGGGAGGUGACUUGUUAUGCCCUGUGGUUGCUGGAGUGCGCCCACCACUCCUCUCGCACUCACGCUGUUAUGUUCUUUGGCAUGGUGUUCAGGUUUCGCACACUGCUAGACCAUUUCGACAAGCAAGAUGGUCUUCGCAAACUCCUGAACCUUCUCUCCACACUGCCAUUGCUGCAGGAGACAUGGGAACCGGAGCAAUUGGAGAACUGGGCUUCCUCUGACACUAUGGCUUGGCAGACAGUGAAGCAAGUGUGUCUCAGUCUCAAGCAAUAUUUUGAGGCUCAUUUGGCCCUAAAAGUACAGCAUCUCCAGCGCAUUUCCUCAAUUCACCCUCAGCCCUCCACUCCGCCAUACAAGGCCUUCAAUGUAACGGAGGAGGUUGUGGAGGCAAGUGUGGAGUACCUCUUGGCAUAUCUGCCGGCGCGGUCACACUGGCGGCCAGUUGACAACUUCCUGGCACUGAAAGGUCUACCGAUGCUGCUGCAGUUAGUGGCCAUGGUUGUAAGCGACUCUCUCACCCCAAAGGCAGAGACUGGAGUGUUGGCGCUGGAUAUCCUGUAUGUGUGCAGUGUGUUGCCAGCAGUCCAGGUGGCGCUGUGUGAGAAGACAUCCAUCCCCCUUGCUGAUGAGCCGGUACUGGAUGCUGAGGAGGCACCAGGCUAUGCUAUCCUAGUGGCCUGUAUACUAGAGAACGUGCAAUCUGCCACAUCCACCUCCCCGGCGAUACAGAAGGCAGCUCUUCGCACCCUUAUCAACUGUCUCUGUGCUCCAAUACCAAGGGGGGGGAGUGGCGUUCUGCACAUGACCUCCACAGGCUUACACGAGGCACCAGCAUUGGGCAGCCCCUCGAAGCGCCCUCGCAACACAGGGGAGGAGGAGAUCAAGAGGGCCUGGGACUGCGUGAGGACCAGCAACGGCAUAAUGUACCUCCUCAACAUGCUACACAAGAGGACCCCAAUCACCGACGCUGACUGCCUGAGGGGUCUGGCGUGCAGGGUCUUGGUGGGGCUGUCUCGAAGCUUUGCCGCCCGUCAGAUCAUGAGCAAAUUGCCAAUCUUCACCUCAGGAAAGCUUCAGUUACUAAUGAAGGAGCCAAUUUUACAAGACAAGAGAGCAGAGCAUGUCAAAUUUCAACGUCACGCCCUAGACCUCAUCAAAGCUGUGUCUGGGGGCUGGGAACACACUGUCGGGGCUGCUGCUGAUGUCUCCAUGCAAAGUAUUCAUAGAGCAGACGUGGUAGCCCAGACCAAGAUACACUACAACAAAAAACAAUUGCUGCAGUUGAUCCAGAGUCACUUAGCAGCAGAGGGCUAUGAGAGUGUUGCUACAGCCCUCCAGCAGGCAGCACAUCUUCCCCCUCUCCCUUCACACACCUCCAUGGGCCCUCCCUCUCGUUGUCUCUCUGCCACGCCAGCCUCAUCCUCAAAUCGCCCCACCUCAUCCACCCCUACUGCUGCUGCUGGUGUCGGGUGCAGUGUGUCGUCGCCUAGAGGGUUCCAGAGGUCAGGUGGCAAUGUGUCCAGGCACCUCUUUAACUCCUGUGGGGGUAAGGGAGGGGGCGUCACCACCCCCACCACCACCACCACACCCACCAUCACCGCCACCACCACCACCACCACUGCUACUACCCCAACUUCCAUCCAUAUCAAAAUUAAUAGGGCAAGACGUGACAGUGCCCCCGCCACCACCACCACCACCACCGCUGCCACCACCGCACUCAGUCAGUUUGGCAAGAGUGAGUGUGGUGGUGCGGCGUGGGGGGGUGGGGGACCGGGCGUGGUGCUGGAGCCAAGUAUAAGCCUGGAUACAAUAGUAGAGUAUCUGACCAACCAACACGCUCACUGCAUCAACCCUGUCGUCACCUGCCCUACCUUUGAUCUCUUCCAGCCACACCGAUGCCCAGAACCGAAAUCUCUGCGUGCACCGUUCACCAAUUUCACCAUUCACAACUGCCGCCGCCCCUACACCCGAGUCCUGGGCGGCGGGGGGGAGGGGUCGUCAGUGGUCCGCAAGUUUGUUUACAGCAGAUAUAGACACACACAGACGUACAGAAACCCGGAUUUAGACGAUGUUUUUCUGUGUUGUUCGUAUACGACAGAUGACCAGAUGGUUCUCGUCGGAACAAACAAAGGAAUGGUGCGUCUCUACAGGAAAGGUGGCAGUGAGGAGGGUUCGUAUCGCGUGCACGAGGCAGCCGUCACACACCUGGCCACGCACUCCUCCGGGUCGCUGGUCCUCACGUCGUCCACCAUCAGCCACGAGGCGUCGCUGUGGGGCCUUGACACAAUGUUUGAUGAGAAGUUGAUUCUGCAGGACUGUACACAUGCUGACUUCAGCAACGCACACGACAAGAUCAUCGGAAACAGCACUCAAACAGCCAGGCUAUACGACUUGAACACGAAGCAAAUCAUUAGUGAGUUUACCCCCAAGCUGUCCAACCACUACCGAAUCAACAAGGCUGUUCUGGACCCCACCGACAGCCUGCUUCUCACCGACGGGGCGCUCUUUGAUGUCCGGAGUGGCGAGCAGCUGCACAAAUUUGACAAGAUCAGCCCCCUUCUGAGUGGCGUCUUCCAUCGUAAUGGCCUGGAAAUCAUCAGCUCCUCGGAAAUCUGGGACCUCCGCACUUUUCACCUCCUGCGUACUGUACCGGCGCUUAAUGAGUGUGAUGUCCUGUUCAACCGUGCCGGCGAUGUGCUGUUUGGUGUGCCCCUCCUGGACCUCCUUGCCUAUAUGUAUGAGGAUAAUGUGUCCUCUGCGCGGCCGUGGGAGACGACUUCCUUCAGGACUCUAGACGCCACGGACUAUUCCAGUAUAGCAACAGUAAAUGUGAAGCUGAUCUUGGCGUCCAUGUCGGUGAACCACAGCGACACACAGCUGGCGGUGGUGGAGUGCGACAGUGACACAGAGAUCCAGGGCGGUGACAUUAUCGACUCACAAGUGAGGGUGUAUGAAGUGGGUAUGGCGAGGCAGCACGAUGAUGACGAUGAUGUGAUGGAUGAUGAUGAGGAUGAUGAUCUUGGUGAUGAAGAAGAUGACUCGGAUAGUGAUGACCAGAACUCUCAGGAUGAUUUAGACUUGGACGAGAAUGAACUCAACAACUCCUCCGAGGACAUCCCAUUCAGCUCAAGCUCCUUUGAAGAUGACAGCAAUGAUUCCGAGGCUGUCUACUUCCAACUUAGUGCUGACGCUCUUGACAACAACCAGGCCGGCAGUCCAAGAGAGGAAGAGGAGGAGGAGGAGGUGGAUGUUGAGGUGAAGAUGCAGAGGGCCAGGAGGAGGAGGAAGAGGAGGAGGUGGAUGUGGAGGGUGAGGAUGCAGAAGAGGUGCAGGAAGAGGAGGAGGAAGAGGAGGAGGAAGAGGGUGAAGGAGGUGAUGAAGAAGAGAAUGGUAAUGCAUCGCCUUCUGAUGUUUGAUGAACAUUUUGAAUAAAGAAGAAAGA